AUGCCCUCGCUUCCCGAACCUCGCCGGCCGCGUCUGUUACCGCAGAACCGCAAGCUUCGUCACCUCAAGGGCCUCUCGCUGCGGAACUUGUCGUUUGAGCCCGUGCAGCUGCGCACUUCCGACGAUGGUGCCCUCAACAGAAGCCCCAACAAGCUCGGCGCGUUAAGGGAGACCGGGCAGCUGCAUGGAUCGCGGUCGUCGGACAACUUGCGUCAGGAUGCCUUGCGGCCCGAACGAUCGAGAUCGCAGCCCCCGCGGAGGACGAGCUUGAUCGCCGCCAGUACGAGUCCGGCCCUCAAGCAUAAACGGCUGAAAGAGCUCCUGGAUGAUACCUUGGGAGACGCCUUCUUCUCGCUGCACGUUAACGGUAUCGAGGAGCCCGUCUACGUUAGCGAAACACGCGAGAGAUCGGCGAACUUCAACUUCCAAUUCUUCGAACUGGCAUCUCAGGGAUCGCUUGUAUCCAGAUCGUGUCAAUUUGUUAUCCGAGUAUGGGCCAGGCGGCAGAAGCAGGCAACUUGGACCUUCCUGCUAGAAGAGCUGGUUGAUCUCAGAGAGCUCAAGUUCAUAGGCACGCUGCUGGACCGUCAGUAUCCUCAGAAUGCGCUCGUCUUUCAUCUCGAAGAUGGCGUCUACUCUUUUGACUUUCCAACUAGAGAAUCCGGACCGAGAAAUGCUCCCCCCAUAGCGACUUCAUCCUACAAUGCAUUGAUGAAAUUGGCCAACCUCGAGAGCUCCAUCGAGGACGCCAUGCAGACCCAGCAACGAAUCAUGAAGCAGAUAAACGAUAUUCUUGAUAGCUCUACUACCGAUGCGCCGGAUGUGGCCGAACAAGAGGUUGCCUUGGCUCAGAAAUAUGUCACCAUGCAACAGCGCACGAAUAGACUUACACAAGCGAGAAGAGACGAAUUGCGGGAGUCGCUGCGUAAGCGGAGGGCUGCAAUUGCUACAGGCAGAGAUCUCCAAGAAAAGGUAGAUGAAGAUAUUAGAAAUAAUCGUGAGACACUCAUGGCAGCCAAGCAGCUGCUGGAACAGACACAACAGCAGAUCCGUGGUCAACGUCGCCGCAUCUGCUCCGAGCUGGCAGACAUCUUCCCCAUCACUCCAAUACCAAACGCACCGCCUCUCUCCUUUCAAAUCUGCAACGUGCCACUGCCAAACUCCACAUAUGAUGCUGCUACUGCUAGGACUUUAAAUGAGGACGUUCUAUCGGCCGGCCUGGGUCUGGUCACACUACUUACGCGCCACUUACAGCUCUAUCUGUCUCAUCCGCUCCUCUAUCCGCUAUAUCACCAUGGCUCUCGCUCAUAUGCAAAGGAUGACAUCUCCCUUCUUACUGAAAAGGGCGGUUCUCGUAGAGAGUUCCCGCUUUAUCUCCCCCGAGGUGGAUCGACCGCCCUACAAUGGCGCUUCGAAUACGCCUGGUUUCUCCUCAACAAAGACAUUGAAACGCUAUGCGCUUCCCAGGGCCUCAAAGUAGUCGACAUCCGACAUACGCUCCCGAACCUCAAGUAUCUCCUCUACGUUUGUAGCGCCGGCACAGACGAAGUGCCCGCGCGGAAAAAGGGCGGCGUCAGGGGCUUGUGGGUCGGGAGACUGAAGGGGAGGCUUUCGGCUGUGCCCUCACUGCUGGAUGGAGAGGGAAGCAGUGCGGCGGGCAGUAGGCGCGGGAGCUCGGAUAGUGACUUUACGACUGGCCAGCAUGCCGAUGCGCUGAGGAAUGCAAUUGCUAAGAGUAAUGGACAUGGCAAUAGUAAUGGCAAUGGCGGCGAUGCAACUGACAUGCUGCGGAGUCCAGAUGGGCCAGAUUUGAAUCUGCCGUUUGUGACUGGCGAUGCCAAGUUCACUCUGAGGACAAAGGGUCUCCGAGAGAACAUUACAGGAUGA